AUUAGUUUAUUUGUGUACAUUUUUCUGAAGAGAAGCUUUUGAAUUCUGAAUUUUUCUUACUGAAACGUAAUUGUUUCAUUUAAAACUAUUUCCACACAAGUUUUAAACCUUAGAGCUGCAGUUUCGGGGAUAAUCUUUUCAGUAGAUUCAAUUGAUGUGUUAAAGUUUGCUACAAUGUUGAACGCUUUAGGGGUUAUCGUGUCGGGAAGACUGGUACAAACUGACUUUCAACAAGUAUCAGAUUCCAAAUUUUUGAUCAAUAUUCCGGAAGCUGAUAAUGUAAAUCAUGUGGUUGUUUUCUUAACGGGUACAAUUCCUUUCCCCGAGGGAAUGGCAGGUGCUGUGUAUUUUAGCUGGCCUGACCCCAACGCACCCCCAAUGUGGCAGUUAUUAGGAUUUCUAUCAAACAGCAAACCAUCAGCUAUAUAUAAAAUAUCCCAGUUGAAAAAGCUAGACGAAAUAGUUCCCAGCAGUCCAGUGAAUGCAUUUGGCGUAAAUCUGCCCAUAUCCCAUAUAGCACAAAUUGGUGUUUCCAUUGAACCGGAAGCGUCACUAGUGCAGCAAACUCCAGCGACGGCCAGCACCGAUACGUACUUCCAGUUUGGUCAAAAAAUGAUUGAAAACUUUUUUAAUUUUGUCAGUAGCUUUUCCGUGACUCAGGCGCAAAUGGUCCCGAAUCCAAAUGAAACUUUUGUACCGUUGUCAACGGUUCAAACAUGGUUUACCAAUUUCCAACGGCGGUUGCAGCAAAAUCCUAACUUUUGGAAAAGCUAAAUAAAGCCGGACUCUGCUAGUCAAAUCGUACAAAUACGGCUAACACAUCGAGGACAGGAUGCGAAAAACGAAUUUUCAAGGAUUAUGCACGCUAGAAAGCAAUAGCGAAUCAGAUCGCCAAUGUGCGUUGGUCGAAUCGAUUCAGUUCUUUUGUUUUCACGUUACAUCAUAUUAAGCAAUGAAAUUAGCGUUUGUGAGCAUUUCAUUCGGUUUGGCUAAUGAGAGAUAUACUUUAAAUACAACUUUUUGUUUCGUUUCUUUUGCACUUAUUA